AUGGCUUCGAAUUUAUUAAAAAAAGCCAUCUUUUCCAACCCUGUCUCUGUGAGAAAGACCCUUGGAAUAUUCUGCAAUGCUACACGAAACCAUUGGAACUAUCAAUACAUGCCCGGUCCAUACCCGAAGACUCUAGAGGCGCGUGAGGCUGCGGCCAAGAAAUAUGGCAUGACCAUUGAGGAGUACCAACCUUACCCCGAACAUAUGGGCUAUGGUGAUUACCCGAAGUUACCUGAUAUUGGAGAGGACUCAAGGGACCCACACUACCCUUAUGAUAAUCCUGAGUUAAAGAGAAACUUUAACGAACCUAUGCAUGCACGAAUGGAAAUAUUUGGUGGGGACCGUUAUGACCCUUCAAUGAAACGCAGGUUCUCAGUACUCUACCAAGCAAUCUGGUUCUUUGGUGUGGUCGGAGGAUCUUUUGCAUUGUACACGUUUUUGGAAGAUUAUAAGGUUGGCAGGCCUGUCACUGCCAAGCAGUACCCAGCUAACGGACCUCACUAUUCAUUUUCAAGCAACUAA